CAUAGUUGCUCGGUGGAGCUUGGGGAGAGUGUUUCGGGGUUAAAGAAUCUCCGUGAGCAGGAGUUUGAUUAUUUUCUUGUGCUGGAUUUAGAGGGCAAGGUUGAGAUUUUGGAGUUUCCAGUGCUGUUGUUUGAUGUGAAAACUAUGGACGUAGUGGAUACGUUUCACAGGUUUGUAAGGCCUACAAAGAUGAGUGAGAAAAGAAUAAAUGAGUACAUUGAGGGGAAGUAUGGAAGUUUUGGUGUUGACCGUGUUUGGCACGACACGGCUAUAAAGUUUGAGGAGGUUAUUGAACAAUUCGAAAUUUGGCUGAGAAAAGAGCGAGAUGGACAUAUUAAGUUAUGGAGAGAAGAGGGAGAUGGACUUCUAAACGGAGCUGCAUUCGUGACUUGCGGCAAUUGGGAUUUGAAAACCAAAGUUCCCCAGCAAUGUGAAGUGUCGGGGAUCAAACUUCCACCAUAUUUUAUGGAAUGGAUCAAUCUGAAGGACAUCUACCUAAACUUCUACAACAGAAGGGCACCAGGAAUGCUUUCAAUGAUGAGGGAGCUCCGCAUCCCACCAUUAGGAAGUCACCAUCUUGGCAUCGACGACUCAAAAAACAUUGCAAGAGUGCUGCGGCAUCUGCUAACUGAUGGUGCUCUUUUGCAGAUUACGGCAAGAAGAACCCCCCAUUCUACUGAUCGCGUUAGAUUCCUCUUUCAGAAUCGUAUUAAAUAGCUUCUUUUAAUGUUUAAAUUAUGAUCUUGCUUAAUAUUUGCCCAAGCUUCCGAAAUUCUUCUAAAUAUGGACAUAUAUUUUGUAUUAUUCUUUCAAUUGAUCCACACCAACUUCAAAUUUGGCAACUAAUUGAUUGAAGACAUCUUAACAGGUUGACUCAAACAUUAAUACUACUAAUAAGGAGCCACGAACUCAUUUCUCUCUUUUUCCUUUUCGUGGGGGCGGGGAGGGGUAGGUGGUGGUAGUCCAUUACAAGGGGAAACACAUUAUGCCAUGGCCAAAUAUGUGGAUAUAAAAUUCAGUUUUGAUUUUAAGUGGGUUUGAGCUAAUUAUGUAGUAAACAUAAUAUAAUUAUUAUGUAAUUAAUAUAUAAUUUAAAAAAAC